UUACCUGAACAAUCUUGGCGGUCACGAUGCGAGGCGUAGCACGAUGGCUGCAGAUGCGCGACGACGACGACGACGACGGGGACGACGAGCAAGUGGAAGAUAUUGAAUCUGAAGAAGAUGAUGGCGAAUUCGUGGAUGGUGUCACGUUGAGGAAGGACGCAACAAAGAAGGGAAAAACAGAGGCAGCGGCACUUACGUCGAAAAAGGCACGGCAGAAGAAAGGACAGGAUGGUGACAAAGGACAGCUUCGCAUGAGUUCCUUCGUCAAGAAGGCGUCGUCACCAUGUCUGAGCCAUUCAUCGCCUGGUGCUCAUUCCCCACAUCCCAAGGAUCACGAAUGUUCGAACGGAGCAAAUGCGACUGUCGUCUCCAUUCAUGACGACUCGAGCAACAUUUCCAUCACUGACGGAUCCCCAGUACAGGAAGAAAAAUCCGGCGUUAUCGAUGCCACUGAAAAAUGCUUCAUUGAGGUUCUUCAACACCAGCGCGACGACACUAGAGCUGCCCUGCCUGGAUCAGACAAAGAUGAUACUUCGGUGAAAAGCAACGAUGUCGACGAAGCUGCGGUGUCGCCAUUAGAUCGGGUUGACGACAGUGGCGCCGUGGUUAAGCUGAAGAGUGCAAGCAAGCGGAAACCGUGGACAGAUGUCGAUUCCCGAGAUGUCAAAACUAGGGAAGCGAACGAAACUCCUUUGAAAAAGCAGUGCGUAAUGGCUGACGCGGAUGCGAGUAAAUCGACCGAAGAAAUUACUGGCGUCACACCGAAUGUACAACUGGCCCCGGCUUGUAACACCGCCAUAGAUGCGGCGCCCAAGAUGAUGGCGAUGGGCCGGCCGAAGCGGAAGGCUGUCAUGGAUGCCGCGGCCAAAGUUGUGCAGAAUGUUGAGAUUGUCGAUGCGACGGUAGCUCGGAGGGCCCCCAUUCGAUUGAAGACGUUGCGAAGGGCCAAUGCGAACUCGAACGACUGCAUUUUUGUGAACCCACCUCCUCUAUCAAAAACACCGGCCACCCCGAUCAAGGAAACCGACGACUGCGUCCUUGUCGAUCCUCCUGCAUCUUCCAAUGUAUUUGGCAAAACACCCAAGAAAGCUGCGUCCACGUCGCUGUUCUUCCUCACGACAGAGCAGCGGGACGUCGCCAAACGCCAGGAAGCUGCUCUCUUGGAAGAGCAGAGGCAAAUCGAAGCCAUGCUCAAGUUUCAAAAAGACUUGGAUCGACGUAAGGCCCUUGACGUCUCGUUUUUUGCAGGACGGAAGGUCAACCCGUUCUUUCAGCCGCAAAAGCCCCACCACAUGGUCACGAUCCUGGACGACGACGAUUCCACGAUCAUACGGGACACCAAUGCACCUCCUUCGACAUCGGGUAUUUUUUGGAAGAAGGAAUCGGCAGCGUUGUUCCCCGCGCUCUCCCAUGUGAAUGCAUUGCCACCCUUGGUACCGACCAUUAUCAUCAAUGGAUCGAAGCCACGUCGGGCUAAGCUUGACCCGAUCGUCACGCUGGACGACGACGAAGACAGUGCCAGAGCACAUAUCUGGCCACAACUGCGUCAUCACCAACACGUCCGUUUGCAACUUCAAGCGCCUCUGGACGACAUCUUUUGGUGCGUGGUGCCUGCCACACCUCCUACCGGACAAAUCGAUGAUAUCACGACGACACCGCAGUAUCUCCACUGGCAUGAAUUCUUUCAGCAAUUACCCCGAGGCGAUGCGUCGUUGCUUGUGGACAAGUACGCCCCUCGGUCGUCCCAAGGCGUCGUUGGAAAUAAACAUAGCGUCAAGUGGCUCUGCGAAUGGCUUCGGGCGUGGAAGAUUUUCCGCGACGGCAAAUCGUUGCGGCGUGUAUGUGAGCAAUACCACGAUUUAUUUGCUGCCAAGACGGGUGCAGAUGGCACGUACUUGUCGGACGACGACGACGACCCAAGUGACGAGCUCCAUCGCGUGUUUGUGCUGCAAGGCGAAUCCGGCACAGGCAAAACGUGUUGUGUGUACGCGUGUGCGCAAGAGUUUGGCUACGAAGUGCUCGAGAUCAAUGCGGGCCAACCUCGGUCAGGGAAACACUUGGUCGAGCUGGCUGGGGAAGCGACACAGUCGAGGCGCGUCGUGCAAACUGUGCACCUUUUGGACGCCCCCGUGGCGAAAUCUGCGACGAAAAAGCACAAAAAAGGCAAGAAGAAGCGAGAGGACGUGCCGCUCUCGACAACGUCCCAAACACUUGUUCUGCUGGAAGACGUGGAUCUGUUGUUCGAAGCUGACAAGGGCUUCAUGACCGCUCUUAACCAAAUCGCCAAGCACGCAAGAUGUCCCAUUGUCCUCACGUGCAAAGACAUGCCAGACAACUUUCCGCCGUCGUUGGGCCACGUCAAGCGCACAUUUUCGCGGCCGUCGCAGAUUGAAUUUCAAGCGUAUCUUACUGCAGUCGUGCGAAAUCAGCCAUCUCUGGUGACACCGGGUGAAAUUGCCAUCGACAGGCUCUUUCACGUGUGCGACGGCGACAUACGACGAGCUUUGCAUCUGCUUCAAGUCCAUGGCAGAGGCACCGGCCACACCCCAACUGCUGUCCCAGUACGCUGGACGUGUGCAGCACUGGUACCACCGAUCGAUGCUGCAAUUACGUUGGCGGCGUCGGCUGCAAGCCACGACAAGGACCUGUUGAGCAGCGCGUACCUCGAGGAACUCGUUUCUCAUUUUCCGCAUGACAAGGACAAGAAAAUCGAGCAGUUGGCAGAAUUCUUGCGACUGGACGCGAUCGCGGACAGUCUGUCAUUGUGCGAUGUGUGGUCGACCACCACAACACGAUUCUCGGCGCAAUCGUUCGAAGACGGCCAAGACUGCUCCAACCAUAUCGUGCACUCGGAAUUUCUGCACGAGAACCUACAAGACGUGACCAGCAGCGUUCGGCUGCAGGCUUGCCACGUCACGUUCCACGGCCGCGCAAAGUCGGCCACAACGGACGCCACUUGUAUUCAAUAUGCGAUGGACUCCCAUCUGCGCCACCGAAAAAUUGGAAACCGGCGGCGCAUGAUGGCGCAAUGCAUCAGGAACUUGGACGCGACUCUCGCUCCUAUCAAGGGAACGACCGUGGCAUUGCAAGGCCAGGGCGCAGUCGUUGACACGAUCCCGAUGAUGAGCAAGUUGGCGUCCGUGGAUGCGUCCACCCAUCAACACAAGCGGAGAUCCUCGAAUCGCCAUGGCUACUUGAACAAGAUCUUGUCGGACGUCCAAGUUGUGGCGUCGAUCGAGUCGUGCACGCGCUUUGGUCCGGCACUGACUUGACAGAACUUUAGACUUGAUUACCCUCCAAGUACAGACUCCCUCUCCUAC